AUGUCGAGCACAGCUGGCCAGGUCAUCACAUGCAAAGCUGCGGUUGCAUGGGAGGCAGGAAAGCCACUGGUGAUUGAAGAGGUAGAGGUGGCACCACCAGAGGCUGGUGAAGUGCGUUUGAAGAUCCUCUACACCUCCCUUUGCCACACUGAUGUUUACUUCUGGGAAGCCAAGGGCCAGACUCCAUUGUUUCCUCGUAUCUUUGGUCAUGAGGCUGGAGGGAUUGUGGAGAGCGUAGGUGAGGGUGUGACUCAUCUGAAACCAGGGGACCAUGCCCUACCUGUGUUUACAGGGGAGUGUGGGGAAUGUUCACAUUGUAAGUCAGAGGAGAGCAACAUGUGUGAUCUGCUGAGGAUCAACACUGAUCGGGGUGUCAUGAUCCAUGAUAGUCAAACAAGAUUUUCUAUAAAAGGACAACCUAUUUACCAUUUUGUUGGUACCUCUACAUUCAGUGAAUACACUGUGGUUCAUGCUGGAUGUGUUGCCAAAGUCAACCCUGCUGCCCCACUUGACAAAAUUUGUGUUCUCAGUUGUGGAAUAUGCACAGGUCUUGGGGCUACUGUCAAUGUUGCAAAACCAAAACCUGGUUCUUCUGUUGCCAUUUUUGGACUUGGAGCUGUUGGCCUUGCUGCUGCUGAAGGGGCAAGGAUUUCUGGUGCAUCAAGAAUCAUUGGGGUUGAUUUAGUUUCUAGCCGAUUUGAAGAAGCUAAGAAGUUUGGGGUCAAUGAAUUUGUGAACCCAAAAGAUCAUGACAAACCUGUACAACAGGUAAUUGCAGAAAUGACAAAUGGGGGUGUGGAUCGUGCUGUUGAAUGUACUGGCAGCAUCCAGGCCAUGAUCUCAGCAUUCGAAUGUGUUCACGAUGGUUGGGGUGUUGCUGUACUUGUUGGAGUGCCAAAUAAAGAUGAUGCAUUCAAAACUCAUCCAAUGAAUUUCUUGAACGAGAGGACUCUUAAGGGUACCUUCUAUGGUAACUACAAACCCCGCACUGAUCUUCCUUCAGUUGUGGAGAAGUACAUGAAUGGGGAGUUGGAACUGGACAAAUUCAUCACUCACACAGUUGCAUUCUCAGAAAUUAACAAAGCUUUUGAUUACAUGCUGAAAGGAGAGUCCAUCAGAUGCAUCAUUCGUAUGGGAGAGUAG